AUGGAUCCGUUCGGGGAAAUGCAGUGCAAUAUGAAUGGUGCGGAUAGCAUAGCAUCGGGUCACCAGACGCCGGGCACACCGGGUCAUCCGCGAGCCAUGGCCAGUGGAAUGUCAUCGCCCCCAGCAGGACCACCGCUCAAGCCGGUCUCACCCAGCACGCCGAACGACCCGGAACAGCAGCUCGAGAAAACGGAUUGUACGCCGGAAAACUCGAAGAAAAGCGACGGUGAUUCACCGGAAACGGCAGAUUAUCGGUGCCUAUCACACCGGGCAGCCUCCGAGGCACCGAAAGGCGUAUCGUUGCAGGAGAUGCUGAAAAGCGGUGCUGGUCCCGGGGGUCGGAGCGUUAGCGAGGAACCGUGCUCCACGCCCCAAUCUGUGGCCGAUUCCGUGCGUAAUGCGUUCGCUUUCACGAUCGAUUUCGGCGACGGUCGAAGGGUGGUCGAUUCGCAGCGGCACGAGAAAAUGUUGGAACGGUUUCAGGCACGGCACCGGCGCGGCGAAUCCCUCUCAAAGCUGGAGUCAUCAUCCGGGACUCCCACCGGGUCGGUCCUGGCCUCGGCGACGGCUAGGCAGCAGACGACGCAACGGGCACCGCAAAGUGUGAACCUUCCGCGACGUAACAAAACUGGUGAACCGGCCAUGGCGGCGACCGCCGGCGAUGCGAUGGUGUUGGUUGAUGUUUCCGGCCGGCCAGUGGCGGUCAAGCUGAGGGAGAAGAAUCAACGGAAUGUCGGUAGGGGCGGAGAUCAGCUCGGGAAGCGGCACAGCUGGAGUCCUCGGACGAGUUUGACCGAAACCGCUCCCGCGGCGGUCGUCGGCAGUGUGAAUCGCGCCCAACAACCACAGCAGCAGCAACCGGAAGGAACAACACCCGGGAAAGGUGUGAAUAAAGCGGCCGCAGGUGGCGGCAAAGGUCGUUUUGCACCGAAAUCGGCCACACUGGCCAUGGCGCUCGAGCAGCAACAAGUUACGUCCAGCACCGGCAAAGACUCGUCCUAUUUCAGCUCGGAAUUUAACGCCGCUGGUGUGGAUAUACCGUGCCUCGAGGCCCCACUGGAAAACUUUCGUCCUAAUAAGGGGGACCGCGAUGAGGACGAGGUGAGCGAAACGGGCACCUAUACGCUGGAUGGCGACAACUACACCGAGGAGCAGAAGGAACGGAUGAACAUCGAUCGGAUCGGUAGUGGAGGAUUGGUGCCGGAGGUGGUGAUGGAGCGCCCUGUGCCCGUGCGGCCGACAGCUUUCCGCGACGAGCUAGAGGUGAUUGAUCUGGAACGAUUGGGUGGCGGUUCCGCAAGUCAUCUGUCGGAGAAGCGGAAACACAACAUUCUGGAGGUCUCGUACUUUCACGAAUCGUCUCCGGUUCCCGAUAAAGGUUGUGCACCACAACCGGAGCGCACGAAAAGCAAGCAGUCCUACAUGGAGAAGCUGAAAUCGAGAAUGAAAAACAUUACGCAGAAUCGGAGUGGCAGCGGUGGCGCCAAACGGCAGCAGCAGCAGCAGAAGGAGGUGGUCGCGUUAUUGGAAUCACCCGACCAGGGAACCUUUACGUCCGUCACGACGAGUGGCAUCCUUAGCAUGAAGCCAACGCUCGACGAUCAUCCCAAGGUGGCGGCCGCCACCGUUACUCGUCGGCGGAACAGUCUCACAAAGUCGCACAUCGAUAGCUCCGAGUACGUGCAGGGUGUGGCCAAGCUAAACAUCCACAGCACGGAAACGGAAGCUACUGGUGGUGCUGGUGCCGGCGCCGAUGUUGCCCCGACGGAGCACAAAAUCCUCAACUGUUACACGGACUCUGAGAAGGCCCAACAGCACGGUGCGGUUGGUGCGGCCUCUGCGGCACCGGUUCCCCGGCGGAAAACACCGUCCGCCGAUGUGGCCGCCCUGACGUCGGUGCCUACCAAGAAUGACUGGAUUGAGGAGUGGGCGAAGAAUGCCCGCGAGUUUUCGAAAUCCACCAGCCCAAAGGUGCAUCCACACGAGCCGCCGCCACCACCUCCCGCCUAUGGAAGAGGAGCCGGUGCGGCUAUGGUGCGUAGCUACGGCGGGGAGACGAGGGCCCGUGACCGCAACCAGUUCGGGUACGAUUUUGAUAUCGACCUGGCGAAAAGUGAUUACUACGAGGCGAAAAAGUACGAAGAGUUUGGCGAUAAUCUCGAUCACCGGCAGCAGCAGCAACGAUCGCGAAAGUUCAACCGGCUCCCGGAAGGUGGUUAUGAUGCGCAAAGGGGAGUCGCCGGUGCCGUAACCGCGUCGCCAGAUGAGGCGUAUGGAGGCGGCCCUUUGCCGGCCACACAGGAGCGGUUGAACGAAUUUACCCGCGCCGGAUCUCGGGGCUCGAUGCGGAGGUACGGCGGGAGCAGCAAUCCGUCGCCGGUAGCGCCGAUGGCCACCAAACCUCCGAUGAGUCCGAGCAAAAUUCCGUCACCGAUCGGUUCGAUCGGACGGGCACGUAGCGUGAGCCGCAACCGGAGUCUACAGGGCAGCAAUUCGGAUCUAUCCGGCAAUGAAACGGAAAUGUAUCUACAGAAGACGGCGGCAGCCAUUUCGACACUGCAAAAUCUCCAGCGGCGCAACUCGCUGCGCAACAACAGCUCAUCUCAUCCCUCGUCGAGUCCGCUCAGCCCGGCCUCACGCAAAAUGUCACCGAAAAUGUCGCCGAUGAACUCGCUCCACUCGCCGCUCGACUCCCCGUACCACGAGAAGGCCAUCAACUACAAUGGCAACAGCUCGCCGCUCUACUCGCCACAGCACCAGCGCAGUCUGCAGCACCAUCAGCUGCACCAAAACGUCGGAAGCCACAAGCGGAAUCACUCGUUCGAUGGAGCGGAUCCGCUCACGUCUCCCGGGUCACCGUACCUGGCGAAUGGGGCCGUUGGGGGCGGUCACAUGACCCGAAGCCUAAACACCAACUCCGAAAGGAGCCCCAAGAUGGACUUUGCCAAGCGCCACCACAUGCGCCAUAACUCGUACGAGGGUGUGAUGUCCUCGUUGCCACCGAAACCGCUCAAAUGCUUCCAGCAGUUUGAUCAAUCGCACGUGGUCGGUUACUAUGGCGAUGAAGACACUGCCGGCGGUGCUCCUGGUGCUGCCGACGGGGAUGAGCAGACGGGCGAGUGUCGGGAUUACGACGAGGAGGAGUUCGAGGAUGACAUUGACGAUGACGAGGAGGACGAGCAGAAUCGGGUGCAGCAGAAGGUCUACGACGAGCUGCGGCGGAGAAGGGAGAAUCUGAACGACACGGCCACCAGUUAUAUGCCAAGGCCAAGGGCAAUGUCGCUCGGACCUCGGCGAGCUCCGGUCGCUGGUGGCCACACGGCGGUGCAAUCUCACAAACAAAAUUUACAAUCAACAGGUGCCAAACAAGCGUUAGCGGGACUGAUGAGGGAUGCUAACGCGACCGUGUCCGGAGCAACGAAAAAUGUUGCCUCCAAUCGUGUUCAUCGGACGCCUCUGGUUACGGCUGGGGGUCAUCAACCUCAGCCACAGCAGCAGCAACAUCUCACAUCGCCCAUCAAACGUUCGAGCUCAUUUUCGGUGAAACAGACCGUUAUCAAACCGUCGACGCCAACCAUGUCCGGCAAGGGUGGUGGUACUGCUGCCGGUGGGCUGCUGGCCACCGAUCGUCGGUCGGUGGGAGGGUCGAAGAUUCAGAAAUCGGCCAGCAGUACGAGUUUCAAGAAGAUGAUCGGCGCGAUGGAUAACGUACAGCCACAGCAGUAUCACCACCACGCGGUGCAGCCACCGCACCACCGGCACCAGCUGGUGAUGGAUCCGAACUAUCCGGACGAGCUGAUGCUGUACAUCAACGAUGGGGACGAUGAUGGUCUGCAGAUGAUAUCGGGUCACAGCGGAGGUGGUGGUGGCGAUAGGCGACACCAACAGCAGCAGCACGGUUACUCGUCGAACUCGCUGACGGAUGAUGAGGACGAAAGGGCUGGCGAACUGCUGCUGAUUGACGAUGACGGGGAAGUGGUUGACGACGACGACGAGGAUGACGACGAAACCGGAGGACGAAUCGAGAAGGGACCGCUGACGAACACACGCUACAACAAAACGUUUCUGAUGCGCAUGGAACAGAACAAGAAGAUUGCCUCGGGCACGACGGCUGCCAGCGGUGCCGGGACCACGGCAAAGCAAAGCGGUGGAGGAGCGGCCGCCUGUCCCAACACACCGGAACUACCCCGCAGAGGAGCCGUACCACGGUCGGCGGGGCUCGUUCGUGAUCGUGCUUCGAUGCCGCGCGACUCGAGCCUGAAUCGCAUGAAGCAGGAUCUGAAUGUGCGUAAAACGUCUGCCGGCCGGGAAUCGCUGCUCGGUGGCAAGGGGCAGCAACAACUGUCUACCCAAUCGAUCGCAUCGUCCGUUUCGUCAGCGACUCCCGCAUCCGGCGCCAAGGUGCAGCCAAAGUAUCUCGACAUCUCGAAGUACAAGCCCUCGACUGCGGCCAACUUUCUGAAGAAGGACGAAACGAAGAGCUACCUGUUGCGGCAGGAAGGGGUCCGCAAGAGCCCCAGCAGUGCGUCGGUUGCGUCGGCCAUGAGCCGUACCGAUCCGACUCGAAUGAGCGCCCGGAGCAUCAAAUCGGCCAGCAAUGCGGCGAGCAAGUCGAGCGGCACCCCAGGUUCGGCGGGCAAGAAGGAUCCUGUGAAGAUCGCCAAGGAACAGGAACUGGAAAUGUGGCGCCGGCGGGCUAGUUACGAUCCGAUGAAGGCGGCGCUCGAGGGCAAAAAGAAACAGCUGGAGGAAGCGAAACGUUUGGCGGCACAACAACAACAGCAGCAGCAGCAACAGCACUCGGAACGGCAAAGUAAAUCGCACGAAAGCUCCGUUCUGAGGUCCCAAUCGUAUCACAGUGGCGUUGGCAACGUUGGCGGCGGACGAUUGUAUCAAGGUACUGUCGGCAACAGUAGCAACGCGAACCUGCGUGGUGCUUACAAUCAGACUCUAGGCGACCCGACGGACCCUGACGCCAACAACCGAUGGACGCUGACAUCCACGGAAUCGAGCGAAGAUCUCGAUGGGGAUGAUUACAUCAACUAAUAUACCGGGACGGCAAAUGAAAACCGCACAGGGGAUCAGGCCUAGAAAUCGAUUCCAUCGUUCAGCAUUAGUUGUAGCUGCACUUCUGCAACCGUACCAUUUAUCAUGUUUUGUCAAAUACGCCCAAAUGCUUUAGAUAUGCAAACCCACAUCAGUGUAACCGGUAGUGCUGGGAUGUGCGAACUGUAAUAUUCCAUUUUUAAUUAUUGAACACAAUCAACAACAACGUGUUUAGGGAACGCACCGUGUGGUGACAAGUAAUGCAUCGAUCUAGU